AAGUAUCAGGCAGGUGUUUUCUCAGCUUUUAAUUUUUCCUUUCUGUGCCUCCCUGUGCUUGUUUUACGUGUAGUGUUGAGGGGCAAAAUGGUUCACGCCGAAGCGUUUUCGCGUCCCCUGAGCCGGAACGAAGUGGUCGGAUUAAUUUUUCGUUUGACCAUAUUUGGUGCUGUAACAUAUUUUACCAUAAAGUGGAUGGUUGAUGCCAUCGAUCCCACCCGAAAGCAGAAGGUCGAAGCUCAGAAGCAGGCUGAAAAACUGAUGAAGCAAAUUGGAGUAAAAAAUGUCAAGCUUACUGAAUAUGAAAUGAGUAUUGCUGCACAUCUCGUGGACCCGCUUAGCAUGCAUGUCACCUGGAGUGAUAUUGCAGGCUUAGAUGAUGUCAUUACAGAUUUGAAAGACACUGUCAUUCUGCCUAUCAAGAAGAAAUAUUUGUUUGAGAAUUCCAGACUCUUACAGCCACCAAAAGGAGUUCUUCUCUAUGGCCCUCCUGGUUGUGGCAAAACUCUGAUCGCCAAAGCGACGGCCAAGGAAGCAGGUUGUCGAUUUAUUAACCUCCAGCCUUCAACACUGACAGACAAGUGGUAUGGAGAGUCUCAAAAACUGGCUGCUGCUGUCUUCUCCCUUGCUGUAAAGCUCCAACCAUCCAUCAUUUUCAUAGAUGAAAUAGAUUCCUUCUUGCGGUGUCGGUCCAGUUCUGACCACGAAGCCACAGCUAUGAUGAAAGCCCAGUUUAUGAGUCUCUGGGAUGGGCUGGACACAGAUUUUAACUGCCAAGUGAUAGUGAUGGGAGCCACCAACCGUCCCCAGGACCUUGACUCUGCCAUCAUGAGAAGAAUGCCCACCCGCUUUCACAUCAACCAGCCUGCUCUGAAACAAAGAGAAGCCAUCUUGAAGCUCAUUUUGAAAAACGAAAAUGUGGACAGGCAUGUAGACCUCCUGGAGGUGGCUAAAGAGACCGAUGGCUUCUCAGGCAGUGACCUGAAGGAGAUGUGCAGGGAUGCGGCGCUUCUCUGCGUCAGGGAGUAUGUCAACUCUGCCUGUGAAGAAGAGAGCCACGAUGAAGAUGAGAUCCGGCCUGUGCAGCAGCAGGACCUCCACAGGGCGAUAGAGAAGAUGAGGAGGUCAAAGGAUGCCCCACUGCAGAAUGUUUUGAUGCACGUUAGUUUAGAUUAA